AUGGAAUCAGAUACUCCGCAAAUCAUCAUUGAUCCCCGAAAAUUCAGUGGCCAAGUCGCUGUCAUCACUGGUGCAGCACAAGGUAUAGGCGAAGUAGUUUCAGCUCUAUUCGCCGAGCAGGGGUGUACUGUUAUUCUUCUAGACAUCAACAAAGAAAAACUCGAACAGGCUGAAAAGACUCUACGAUCGAACGGAGCAUCUGUCGCACAUCGAAUAUGUGAUAUCACCAACGAGGAUUUAGUGCGUGAAACUAUCGACGAAGUUGUCCGCACCUUUAAUAAAAUCGAUAUCCUCGCCCACCUCGCCGGCAUAUACCCCGCUAAACCUCUCCUGAAUGUCACUACUGCCGAGUACAGACGAAUAUUCCAGGUCAAUAUGGAAAGCUGCUUUUUCUUGACCCAGGCAGUCCUGCCACACAUGCAACGGAGGCAUUACGGUAGAAUAAUCAACACCGCCAGUCAGACGAUGGUCAGACCUGUACGUGGACUUGCUGUAUAUGCCGCAUCAAAAGGAGCAGUGGCGGCCUUCACUCGGGCGACAGCUACGGAAGUCGGUCCUGGUAUUACAGCCAAUUUUGUCUCGCCCACACUAAUUUCCACACCUACCACACAGGCUGGGGAAUAUCAAAAGGUGCUCUUUGAGAAAGUUGUUGAAGAGCAGUGUGUGAAACGAGUCGGAUUGGCGCGGGAUGUGGCCCACGCGAUUAUGUACAUUGCAAGCCCUGAAGCGGAGUUCAUCACAGGCCAAAUGUUUGAUGUUGGCGGUGGCUCUUUCUUCCAUUGA